AUGACACGGCUGAAGAGUCAUGUUUACGUGGGAAAGGCGCGCUGGCUGUGGUGCACACAUGGGUCUCUCACUGGCUCCUCCCCAUGCUCGCCCCUGCCCCAUCAAGUUCUCGUGACCCACGCCCAGCUGGCCCCAGCCACUCCAUUUACCUUCACCAUAAGUCCCUGGCUCCUCUCAGAAGCUUCUGCUGCGGUGCGCCCCUCUCCUCCCCUCUCACCCACCUCUCUCUCACACCAUCAUCACCUACCUCUCCGCCCUCCUCCCUCACACACUCUCUCUCACCACUUCUCCUCUCACACGGCCCUGCUGGGCCUUCUACUCUGCCAGUGA